UGUAGUGCCAAUACAUAUACUGUAUCAGAAACUGAACACUGAAAUGUCAUAUACUGUAUUUCAGUAACUCAGCGCCUCUACAAUGCUGGCUGUAUUCCGCCACUUCUCUCUUCACCAUUCUUGAAUGACUUGAAGAAUGGCCAAUAAAUUUUAAUAAGGUGCUCCACCUGUGAGUGUGAGUACUGUAAACGAAACUGUAUAGUCUAGGGGGAAUGGCGGCAUACGGUACUAGUUUACUUUAUUUCUUGCCGAGGCCUUCGAUUUUUUAAUCUUAUAAAACACCUACAUAGAUUAACAAAAUCUUACUCAACCCUGAACUAAAAUGACCUGAAUGAAAAAAACCUAACCUGACCUUCAGGUCUUUCUGAAAUAACCUGAAUUAAAGUAAAACUGAGUAUAACAUGAUUACCAAGUAGCUCAACCUAAUUCGACACAUAAUACAGUAAUGGUUGAAUAAUUUAUUCCCCUCUCGGAUACUGUAUUAGACUGGAAAAAACCAGCAUCACAGAAUUUCAUACAUAUCAUAUGUUACGGUAUUUUGUCUUGGCAGUCUUCCAGGCAUUUAACACCAACAAAAGGGUAUUCCUGAAGUCACCCACUGGAAGCCAUUACAGUACUGUAUACAGAAGUGGCUCAGACAGGGAGUGGCGCUCACAAUCAUGGCGUGGACAAUGAAGCAUUGAACAGUGUGGCUCAAUGAGAGAGAGUGGCGUUCACAGUGGUGGCGUGGACGAAGAAGCUUUGAGAAGAGUGGCUCAGGGAUAAAGUGAAGUACGGUAGGGUGUCAACAUGGGCAUUUAAUGUGAAGAGUCGGAAUAUUUCGUAGUGAGUGGGAAUCGCCGGAUAAUUGAGACGUGAAAUAUUUGCAAUGCCGACGUUGAUAGCUGUGCAGGCAUCGGUUUCACUCACAGAACCGUUCACCAGCGGUGGAAAUGCUGAUGAAGAGGAGCGCUCUGUCAAGCGAGCCGGUCACUCACGGGUGGACUUCGUGAAAGCAGCUGUUAGAGGCAUAUUGAAUCAUUUUGGAUCUUCGCUGAAGCUGGAUUCAGUGGCGUUGAUUGCGUACGCAUCGAGCUAUGAAGUGUUGGUGCCGUUUACCCGAGACAUCUCGGCCAUUGAAGCAGGCUUGGCGAAAAUCACUUGGAAGGAAGGCAACAAUCUCGAAGCCGUGCUUCAUGGUGCAUACAUGCUCAUGAAACAAGUGGAUAAUAUGAACGCGUCCUCGUGCAGAGCGGUUUUCAUCACCGACGGACAUUUGGGGCCAAUAUCGCACGCACUCCGCCGACAACUCAUUACGGAUGGCGGGGAAGACCGGUGCAAGCUCAGAGAACCUUCUUCUAUGAAAUCGGAGAUAAUCGGACAGCUGUCAAUGAUGGGAUUGCACGGGAGAACGCAUUCUGCUUCAUCUCCGCGAGCUCAAGAUUUUCCUUUGGCCUUCCCUUUCCCGUUCGAGUUGCAUUUCAUCACACUUUGCGAGGGAAAUGAUCGAUCUUGCUUGGUGGGGCGAGCAGUUAUUGAUAAAAUCUUGGACUGGAAUCUGAAGUCAGGAUCUCGUUUUUCAGUUCAGCCAAGUUCCGGCUUUCAGGGAAUGCGAGCUGCUGUCGAAAAACUCUGUUCAGGUGCCAUUCCCAUAUACAAAGCUGACCUUCGAUGCGGAACUUUGAGUGAGCGUGUUACUCUCUUUCCCAUGCCGGACAAAGAAAUGUCGAGGAAUUUGGCGAUUAUCGGUUUUCUCAAUUUAACGGAUAUUGGUAGUCCAGCACUGUCCAACCGUUUUGUGAUGUAUCCUUUGCCACCUGAGAAAGAUGCUGUGUUGCGAACAAAAGGACGCAAGUCUGCCAAGAAGAUACGUCUAAGUUUGGACGAUGCUCUCGACGACGAUAUCGACGAUGCAAAAACACCCUCUCUGUGUGUUUUGCUUCACGCUGCAUUGAGAGUUGCGAAUGUAACAGCUAUUGUUCGCUUCGAUAGUUAUAAAUUUGGGAUGCUUUUUCCAUCACCAACUGACGCUCGACGGCGGAAACUCCUUCUUUCUGUUUUUCUUGCGGGUCCGAAGCCGGUGAAAGAAUUUGGAGGGCCGAAAGAUAGUCCAAUGUCCCCCGAUGCAAGAGAUGCGGGCGAACUUCAAGAAGAUGGAGGAAGUCUUAUGGAUAUUGAUGAUGAUGACGACGAGGACGAUGCUAUUUUGGAGGACGACGAUGAAACAUGUGAUCUCUUGUUACCGUCCUCAAAUGUAAAAACCCGACCUAGUUAUGCGGCGAAUGCCGGUUAUCAUGUGUGGACGGAUGACGUUAGUUUGGAAUCGGAUCUAAUGAAAAUUAUCCGCACAGCGCGGAAACUGCCAGAGAAGACUUCGGUAUUUUUUAGAGAACUGAAUCGUAUUAGGAAGAAUGCGCUAGGUUACGGCUUUGAUAGCUUGCUUUCGGGGCUCGUGAUGGCAUUGGAGCGCGAAGCUGCAUCUCAUCAUUCUGACGCUGCAGUGCAGUUGAAUCAUGCCGCAAUGUGUCUUCGUGAGGACCCUUACGCGAUUGUAGCACCAUUGCCCGUGAAGUCUGGCAUCAGAUGA